CACGUUCGAUGCAUUGAGCUUGCGAAGAACAACGAGAUGCGGGAUAGCUGUUGAUUCCGUCUCGUAAACGUCUAAAGAUGCCAUCCUCAUCCGUCGAGCCCUAGUUAACACAAGAAUUUAAUUUAUCACGAAUAUUUAAGGUGCGAUGACGUAAGUGAUCAACGUGGAAUUAUACGCCUGGCUGAGAACGAAAGCUGCUAGACACCAAAUGGCUGCUACAACUCGGAUGGCUCUUCUCUGUGAUAUGACUGGACCUCCUUUUCGCCAACGUCAUGAGAUUAUGCAUAUCUAAAAAUGCGGAUUCACGUCUUACCUUGGGAGAGAAGCAAGCCGAACACGUAAAGGAUCCGCUGCUGCCCUGGAAUUCGAGAAGCAAAUAGUUUGGGGCAAACAUUUCAUCAUUGGGACUGUCGAGAUUCCACCCUAUAUCAUUUUUAAACGGAGCAAUAACGGAACGUUACAACAAGUCGAUGGAUUCGUCCAUCAAAUCUUACAGCUUUUAGCGAAAAAAUUCGAAUUUACGUUUGAAUACGUUGAGGCCCCAAAUGGCACUACUGGUUCCUGUGUUAACAAUACCUGCAACGGCUUGAUCGGCAUGCUUGUUCGAGGCGAAAUUGAUAUGAUAGCCACAGGCUUAGGCAUGACCUUGUCUCGCUUUCAAGUGAUUGACUACACCUUCCCGUUUGAGAGCGACCCUAUCACUCUACUUAUUCCUUACCCGAAAAAAGAUAGCACGUUAAAGAGCAUUCGCAAGCCGUUCACUACCGAGGUAUGGAUCUUGCUUAUACUAAGUAUGGGGAUUUAUGCUUACCUCAUGUCCUGGGCCGGAUAUCUGAGAGCGCGUUGGUUCCAUCGUUCGUAUUCUGGGACAACAGAAAACUUAGACAGCAGGCGUGAAAUUGCACGACAGCCCGGCAGGUUUGCGGAUAACAUAAUGUUUCUGCUGAGCGUCUUAGUCAACCCUGGAAAUGUAGUGCCUCUAGGAUUCGGCGAAGCUUUUCGAAUUUUGGUUGCGGUGUGGUGUCUCAUUGCCGUCGUCAUUACUAACUCGUACAAUACCAGUAUUAAAUCGUUCUUAACGUUGCCAAGAUACAGACCUGUCAUAAGAUCAUUGCAAGAUCUCAUUGAGAAUUCGAAAUACUCUUUCGUUGCCAAAAAGCACAGCAGCGUUUGGUCCAACAUGAUCGAAGCAAAGUCCGGUCCGUUUGCCAAGAUUGGCAAUAAAUUACGCCAACAUCCGGAGAAUUCGUUAGACAUGCUAGACGACAGCAAAGAUUUCGUGGUCUAUCACAAAAAGGUCCUAGCCCAGUUUCAUUCGUCAAAUCUGUUCAUGAUCCGGGAAGAUAUGAAAUCUAGUGGGAAAUGCCGGCUGUACACUGCGGAAGAGCCUUUUGACGAACUACACAUCAGUUUUGGACUUCCCAAGAAUAGCCACAUUAAGAACCACCUCCUCAGCCACGAGCUCAUGUGGCUGAAGCAAUCGGGAAUGUUGGCAUAUUGGAAAAAUACCUACUGGCCCCGAACUAACCGUUGUUCGGCCCCCAUUUCGACGAAACCGGCAUCAGACACUGAAAGGUUGACGUUGAAUUAUCUGGCCGGUCCCUUUUUGCUACUAUGUGCCGGUAUCAUUGUGUCUCUAGUUAGUUUUGCAGCCGAAUUAAUUAGGAAUUAUUGCCGAACUAAGCGUUCUUCAAUCUGCAAGUGAAUAGUCGUAGCCGAACGCCUGUUGUGGUUGAACGACUUAGUCAUAAAGUAGCUUACGAUACAGAUACGUAAAGACCUAUGUUAUCACAAAUAGUCGUGUUAGGUAGUAAAAUCUUAAGAGAAGCUUUUACGAAUAUUGCCGAAUGGGAAAACGGUAAACGAAAUAAUUGCAUCUUUUUCUGAAUACACGUAACUCUGUGGGAAA